AUGGCUGAUAAUACCGAUUUUGAGCCUUUGGAACCUUCUCUGAGAAACGUUAUAGAACAGAAAUCUUUACGGUGGAUUUUUGUUGGAGGAAAAGGUGGAGUUGGAAAGACUACAUGCAGUUGUAGUCUCGCUGUCCAACUUUCCAAAGUGCGGGAGUCUGUUUUAAUAAUUUCAACAGAUCCAGCCCACAACAUUUCUGAUGCUUUUGAUCAGAAAUUUUCAAAGGUGCCAACAAAAGUUAAAGGCUUUGAAAAUCUAUUUGCAAUGGAGAUUGAUCCAAAUGUUGGUUUAACUGAAUUACCAGAGGAAUAUUUUGAAGGAGAGGCUGAAGCUAUGAGGCUUGGUAAAGGUGUUAUGCAAGAGAUAGUCGGUGCCUUUCCCGGUAUUGAUGAAGCUAUGAGUUAUGCAGAGGUCAUGAAACUAGUCAAAGGUAUGAACUUCAGUACUGUUGUUUUCGACACUGCACCAACUGGUCACACUCUGCGUUUGCUUUCCUUCCCUCAAGUUGUUGAGAAAGGACUUGGCAAGCUGAUGCGGUUGAAAUCAAAAGUAGCUCCAUUCAUUAACCAAGUUGCAUCCCUCUUUGGUCUCGCCGACUUCAAUUCUGACAUGUUCAGCAACAAAAUGGAUGAGAUGUUGUCUGUUAUUCGACAAGUCAACACCCAAUUCAAGGACCCAAAUCAAACGACGUUCGUGUGUGUUUGUAUCGCUGAGUUCCUGUCUUUAUACGAAACGGAGCGACUCGUGCAAGAGUUAACUAGAUGUGGCAUUGAUACGCAUAAUAUAAUUGUGAACCAGUUGUUGCUAAAGACUUCCGCGCCCUGCCAACUUUGUACUGCCAGGCAUAAAGUACAAGAGAAGUAUCUAGAGCAAAUCGCUGAUCUAUACGAAGACUUCCACGUCACCCAAUUACCGCUUUUAGACAAAGAAGUCAGGGGUGCUGACGCGGUAAAAUCGUUUUCAGAACAUCUAGUUAAACCAUACGUUCCGCCUCCAUCGUCGUAA